GUCGUUAAUUCAGCCCUUUAUUCGUAGCGUGUUUUUUUUUAAUAGAACUACUGGUAGCUGGAUGAUACAUUGUAGUGGAUGUAACGAAACAUGCUACAAAGUUGCUCCGCAGUUCAGGGAGGGAGAGAAAGGUGACGCUGGUUUAUUUAAAUCAGGGGGAGAUGAGUUUAUUUCCCAAAAUUGUACAGUAAUGCUUUUUCAUUAAACGGAUGUCUUCUCCGUUAGAUUUAGAUAACUGUGAAGAGACGGUUAGCCUGGCUGGCUCAGAGGCUGGCAGCUCCCGUUCACUACCUUCUGUUUUCGCCGAGGCAGCCAGAAAUAAAAUGUCCCAGGUGAAGGUAGAUGAGUGUCACCGAGCAAUUACAAAGUUUAUUGUUAAGGGUUUGCACUCAUUUUCUACAGUAGAGGCCCCUGAAUUUCGGUAGGUGAAUGUGAGGCUGUCAGGUUGUCAUGUCAGAUUGUCUAAAUAAAAUAUUUUCUCCACAUUAAACAGAUAAACUCAUUCAUUGUCAUAUAUUCUCUAGGGAAAUGACUAUCGCUCUGAACCCAAAAUACAAAGCCCCUAGCAGAGAAAGCCUAACCAACCAUUUGAUCCCUGCUUGGUAUGAUGUUGAAAAGGGAAAUCUGAUCUCUGAGCUGAAAACGGUUUCGAAGGCAGCAAUCACGGCUGAUGGAUGGACAAGUUUUAGUCAGGAUCAUUAUCUCACAGUUACUCUGCACUAUGUGAGCAAUGGCCAGGCAAAGGAAAAGGUCCUAAAAACCAAAGCUGUGUACCAAGCUCAGACAGGCUCAGCUGUAGCAGAGGAGAUUGAUGACAUCCUAGAGGAAUAUGGAGUACGAGAAAAGGUUGUGGCAGCAACUGUUGACAAUGCAGCCAACAUGGAUGUAGCCAUCAAACAGCUGAGCAUCCUGAAAUUUCCAUGCUUUGCCCACACGCUCAAUCUGGGAGCGCAGAAGCUGUACAAUUGCACCACAAUUUCAAAUUGGGCAGCACGAGUUCGAGCAGUGAUAGUUUGGAUGAAGAGGUCACACAUGGCAAAAGUUGUUCUAAAAGAGAAACAAGACCUGCUCAAGCUGCCCAAGCACAUGCUCAUCCUGGAUGUAAGGACCAGGUGGAAUUCCCUCCAUUUAAUGAUGGAGAGAUUCUGUGAGCAGUUCCCUGCUAUCCAGGCGGCAGCCAUAGACCCACGUAUAAGGAAGUCCAUGGAGAAGGAAAGAUUAGCCAAAAUAGGCAAUGAGGAUUUGGGGAAAGCAGAGGCGUUUGUGCAGCUCAUGCGGAAGCAUUACACCUCCACACUGGCUGUCUCCAGUGAGAAAAGUCCAACCUGCGGGGAGAUUUUGCCCAUCUUGCAGAAGCUGGAGCAACAGUACACUGUGCAGGAAGGUGACUCUGCUUUCACAAGGAGCAUCAAAGAGAACAUUUGGAAUGAUCUCUCCAAACGCUACCAGGGAGCUGAUAUUCGGAGAUUCCUGGAGGAAGCCACCACUCUGGAUCCCAGAUUUAAAUACAAAGUGAAAAGUGAUGAAGUCUGGGACAGGAUCAGGGAAGCUGCAAUCAAAGCGAAUACAGUGGAAGCAACAGAUGAGCUCCCUGAAGAAGGCUGCAAAGAUGGGGAGGAGGAAGAAGAAGAGGAGGACUAUGCACUGCCACCACCAUCAAAAAAGACAGCCUUGGAAGAACUAUUCGAGGAGGAAGACAACGAGCUGCGGUCACUUUGUGAAUCACAGCCCCGUCUUUCCUUAGCCCAGAGGGUAGAUCAGGAAAUCCAGCUCUACAAAAGCUUUCCCUCCAUCCCCUGCAGGGAUAGCGCCACACUGUGGUGGUGGAACAAGCAAGAUGCGCUGCCCUUGCUAUCUGGACUUGCUGAAAACUACCUCUGUGUGCAGGCUUCCUCCACCCCAUCUGAGAGGGUGUUCUCCACGGCUGGAGACACAUUAAGUGCUGAAAGAUCCCGUAUCCUUCCAGAAAAAGCAGAUAUGCUCAUCUUUCUGCAAAAGAACUGUUAAUUUUCCCUACUACUAUUUUAUAAUUAGUAUUUUUUUAUUAUUUAAAAUUGGUUCUUACAUAAUUUGUUAUUAGACAUUAUUGGUUAUUAAGUUUGUUCUUGUAUUCAUUUUUCAUUUAAACACAGA